AUGGAUACAGAAGAUGGACCGAUGGCUGGGAAUACCGAUGAGUCGGUAGAAAUACCGGUACCUAUUCCGGCUUUACCAAGUUCCAGAACCAUGCAACAACUGGGGUCCAGGAAUGCUCGACGUGGCAAUGAGAAAACCAAAUUCAAGCAUAAAAUAUCGAUUGGAUUUCUUCUGGACAAUACCGAGGUGAAAUGUGGAGCGUCGGGGGUAAUUUCUUCAUCUUUUACGAGUUUUUCCAGUUCCAAGGGACAUUUAGAAGCAAAAAUGUCACGAAGAGCAGUGAAACAAUUGAUGCAGAGGGUUUUACCCAAUGUUACAUCUCAAGAUGAGUUGGAAGACGAGAAGGAGCAGGAGACAAGAGGAAACAAGAAAAUCGAGACGACAAAUCCUGCAAUUUUACAUGAAGAUUUAGGAACAAAAGGCCAUUCCGUGGCUUAUGUGGGCAAAACAGGUCGUGUCAUUUUUAAUGGACGAGAAUUUUUACAGUGUGAACGAUACGGAACGGGAGAUGUCGUUGGGUGUGGAGUUUUGUUAGAUACCAAUACGUUUUUCUUUACGUUGAAUGGAGAAUUGAUGGGAUUACUGGCAGCUCGAGAUGUAAAGGACUUGGAUAAUUUUGGAGAAGUUGAUGACGAGGAAGAGGAAGAAAGUGAGGAAGAUGAUUCAAAGAGUAGUGAAGAAGACGAGAAGGACAGUGUCGGAGCAGAAAAUAGGAAGCGAACUCAACUGGACAGGACAGAUGAUGAUAUGGAAGAUGUGAAUGGUCACGAUGAAGACGAGAAGGUGCUGUUUCCGUCAGUGAGUCUACACGGUGUUGGUGAGUGUGUACGUGCUGUGUUUGAACCUGAUGAGUUCCAAUUCGAUCUAUCAAGUUUCGAACAGCAGAUUCAAAAGGAGCGUCAACGGGCAUUGCUGGCUGAGUGUGAAAAGCGUAACGAAAAUGACUCUCCGAGUGAUGUUGAACAGUCAUUGUGCAAGGAUGAAGCUGUGAUGAACGAGCUUGUACAGAAUUUCUUUUUGCAUAAUGGUUACGAGAGUGCGUACAAGGCAUUCGAAUCGGCUCUUGUAUUUCCAAAACGGCAACGCUUGACAUCAGAUGGUAUGGAAAUGGACUGUAGUGGUGAAAUCGAAGCAAGUGCUGAAAUUUACGACGUAAGCAGCGGUGACGAUACGGAAAACAAAGACAAAACUGAGGAUAUGGAUAUUGGGGAUGCGCAGCCAAGCUUGGGAGCUACUUUAAAAAAGCAGAUGCUUGGGUCUCUCCGCCUACGUCAUGAAGUGCGCGAGCACAUCCGUUGCUUUCGGGCCGCACAAGCGCUAGCAUUACUCGAGCAACAUGUACCUGCACUCAUGACGAUUGGGACGGGUCAUCGUUCCCGGCACAUUAAAAAACUGAUUUUGAACUGUCGAAUCCUGUGUGUUGUCGACGUUUUGACUCACGACGAAGAAGCGAAGGCACCAAUUCUUUCGCCAUCGUUGGCGAACGGCGUACCACACUCACGAAGAUCGUCGAAUGUUGAGAAAGUGGGGUGCAACGGAUGGAAUCCAGAGUCGGCGAUUGAAUUUGCACAACAGAUAUUUGGGUCUUGUGUCGAAAUCACGACUUACGGGAAGCGUAAAAGACAAGGACUUACUAAUAGUACAACGCAGAAGAAACGUUCAGACAGAAACGAAAUUGCGCUUGCCAUGAGUUUGCUUCUCUAUGACCAGCGCGACAGCAUACCCAAAGCAAGUCAGGCACGUAAAUUCUUGACGACCGAGUUUCGCGAGUCAGUCGCCGACCAGCUCAACAGCUUAUUACUGAUGGGUGAUAAAUAUGCAAAGACAAAACCGCGAGUAUCAGCGCUAGAAACCUUCAUGAUAGAUCUGGAACACUUACAGAAGGAGUGUUUGUAUCAUGGCUGUCGUGCGUAUCCGGAAAGCAUUGAGGCCACUGGCAAAUUUAACACCACGUCGCAUCGAUGGAGAGCCUCGGUAUCUUCCAGCUCGGACGAUUCUUCUUCAUCUCAAAGUGAACAGGAUGAUCAUUUCGAGGACGAAGAUAAUGACGACGAGUGA